AUAUUUUAUACAAUGGAAUUAAUGAAACAAUUUCUUCACACAAAGAUAAUACAUCGUUAAUCACAGUCAAGCCAAGACUGAGGAAUAAUCAAAGAAUGGACCAAUUCUCUUCCUUUGCAUUGCCGGCAUCGAAGAUAUUCUCCCAAGCAACUUGCCUCCGUUGCAUGGAGAGAGUCUCAUUUAUCUAUAUAAACAGAGGGAUCAGCUAAGGCUUCUUCAAUCUAUAAACAUUAGCAAUGGUUUCUCCAGCUGAUGUCUUGCUCUUUCAUGCAUGGCUUUUCAUCAUUCUCUUAGUUCAAGCAAUGGCAGCUGAACGUUCCACUUAUAUAGUCCACAUGAACGUAUCAGGGAUGCCGAAGGCAUUCUCCGAUCAUCAUCAGUGGUACUCUGCCAUUAUCCGGUCACUGAGCAAAAGUACCAAAGUUUCACCAAACUUACUGUACUCUUAUGAGAACGUGAUGCAUGGAUUCAGCGCUGUGCUCUCCGGCGAGGAACUGCAAGCAUUGAAGCAACUGCAGAGCUUCUUGUUUGUGCAUCAAGAUAAAGAAGUCACAGUGGACACCACCCACACUUAUGAGUUCCUCUCACUCAACUUGAAUUCCGGUCUCUGGCCGGAGUCCAACUUUGGUGAAAAUGUUAUCAUUGGGAUGAUUGACAGCGGAGUCAGGCCGGAGAGUGGAAGUUUCGUGGACAAUGGGAUGCCUCAAGUGCCAAAAAGAUGGAAGGGAAAAUGCGAGGAUGGAGAAGACUUCAACUCGUCCAUGUGCAACCGUAAGCUCAUCGGAGCUCGUUACUUCAACAAGGGAGUAAUCGCCGCCAACCCGGGCGUAAACAUCACGAUGAACUCGGCUAGAGACACGAUGGGCCACGGCACUCACACCUCAUCCACUGCCGCCGGAAACUAUGCUUCUGCAGAUUUCUUUGGCUAUGCUCCCGGCGUUGCCAGAGGCAUUGCGCCGAGAGCGAGCUUGGCCAUGUACAAGGUGCUAUGGGAGGAGGGGCGUUACGCUUCCGAUGUUCUUGCCGGCAUGGACCAAGCCAUUGCUGAUGGCGUCGAUGUUAUCUCUAUAUCAAUGGGUUAUGAUGGUGUUGAGUUGUAUGAAGAUCCAAUAGCCAUAGCUUCCUUUGCAGCAAUGGAAAAAGGAAUCAUUGUUUCCUCUUCAGCUGGGAACUAUGGGCCGGACCUUUCAAGCCUACAUAAUGGAAUCCCUUGGGUGUUGACAGUGGCAGCCGGCACGGUCGACCGGAAGUUCUCAGGGACGAUGGAACUAGGUAACGGUCAGAGCAUCAUCGGCACCACUAUGUAUCCGGAGAACGCAUUGAUCGUGGACGUUCAACUUGUCUACAAUAAAACAAUCUCAGCAUGCAACUCGUCCUCGUUGUUAUCUUCUGCAGCUGAAGGGUCAAUUGUUAUUUGUGAUAACACAGUAGAAGCAUGGGAACAGGUUCAUUAUGUGACUGAAUCCACGGCAGGAGGUGCUGUGCUUAUAACCAAUGACACUGAAAGCGUUUACCACUUCCGAUGUCCAGCCAUCCUGGUCACCCCUAAAGCAGGUAAGACGUUGAUAAAGUAUGCUAAAAAGCAACCCCAACGCUACUAUUACAAUGAAGUUCAGGCAAACAUUAUUGGGCAUAAACCAGCUCCAGCAGUGGCAUCAUAUUCAUCAAGAGGGCCAUCACCGAAUUACCCGGGAGUGCUGAAGCCUGACAUACUAGCUCCAGGGAAUAACAUCCUUGCAGCUUGGUCACCUGUUUCUCCAUCUGCUGCAAUUGGCAACGCUCUUAUAGCUAGUGAGUACAACAUCAUCUCCGGAACAUCAAUGGCAUGUCCGCACGCAUCCGGUGUUGCCGCACUGUUGAAGGCUGCGCACCCGAGUUGGAGCCCAGCUGCUAUUCGUUCAGCCAUGAUGACAUCUGCCAGCGUGCUAGAUAACACACACAAACCGAUCAGAGAUAUUGGGACCAACUUUGGUUAUGCCAGCCCUCUUGCCCUUGGAGCAGGACAUGUGGACCCAAACAAGGCUUUGGACCCAGGGCUUGUUUAUGAUGCUAGCCCACAGGACUACGUGAACAUGUUAUGUGCUUCCAAUUACACUCACAAACAGAUGUCAAUGAUCACGAGGUCGUCCACUGCGUUUCACUGCUCUAAACCUUCUACUGAUCUUAAUUAUCCUUCAUUCAUUGCCAUAUUCAAUAAUUCUAUGCAUUACUCUCGUACGUUUGGGAGAACAGUGACCAAUGUCGGUGAUGGGCCGGUGAUUUACAAAGUGACUGUGAUGGCCCCGGUUGGGAUUUCGGUUGUUGUUCAACCAGAAUUGCUUGUUUUCAAGGAGAAGUAUGAGAAACAGAGUUACAAGGUUUAUUUGAAGGCAAGGUCAAAGGGGAAAGAGGCUGCUUAUGGAUCUCUUGUUUGGGUUGAUGAUAAGGGAAAGUACACUGUGAGGAGCCCUCUGGUGGUAUUGUUUUAGAAUUUAUUGUUUUAUCAAGUGUUUAAAUAUUAGAUCCUCCCUGAUGUUCACAUCUUAGUCAACUUAAAGAUGUCUUAUUUUAAAUUAAUAUAAUAAAAUUCUCAUGGACAGAGAAAGUUUUUGUCAAAAA